UCUUGAUGCUGCGAGCAAGGUUUGCAUUCCUCCUUUUGUUCUUCAUCCACCAUAGCUGGUUUUCAUUUCUUCUUCCUUUCUCUUUCUCCUCGGAGAAAUCCAUUCUUUUCCUUUUUGCGAGAUGUUGAAUUGCUUAGUGAUGAUCUUCUUCUCGUUUUUCCAUAGGGCUGUGAUCGAACUUUGGUGUCUCUACUAGAGUAGAGGUACUGUUCUUAUGAACCAACAAGAGCCCUAAGUUUCUUUUCUAUCAUGGCCUCGGGAGGGCCUCUUCUCGCUCUCGACGAUCUCAUCCAUGAUCUCAACAAAGACCAAGCUUCACCGAAUUUCCCCUGGUUGGAUCGCCCAUCAGCAACGCAACAAGAUGAUCAUCUCCCUCAGGAUCUCGAUCUCGUAGAGGAAAUCCAGGAGACCUGCCGCGAUCUCAAUGCCGCAUUGGAGCGCCCCGGCUACGCUUGGACCUCGCUCAACCAGAAGCUAUGCACGAGCCUGGCCGCGGCAGCCGAGAUCGUUCGAAUCAGCCACGCGAAUUUCGCGCAAUUGCUCCAGAAACUCCAGGCCCUGCGGGCGAUUGUUAGCAGGGGAGAAGGAACCCUAAAGAUGAUAUAAAUGCCGAGUAUAUUCUCUUAGGGCAGGGCGUAACAAUUUUGCAGUAAAGUAAAUCCUUAGAAUAUGCUCAUUUCAA